AUGGACUUGGUGUGGGAGGACCCUCCUGUUCCGGAUGCUCCCUUCUUCACCAAAGACGCUUAUGAUCAAUAUUCCCUCGCACCAAGUGUUAGAGAACUGUGGGCUUCUCUACUAAGCCCUACAAAGAAUAGCAGUGCAAAACCAUGUUGUGAUGCUCAGUCUGGACAACGUUCUGCGACCAAAGAUGUUGCAGACUUAAAAGAUAACAGAUGGGAUUGCAUGGACAUCGAUACUUCGUUUACAGACGACGUGCCAGAGGGUUGUAAGAGCACCGAAAAAGCUGAUGUGCCAUUCAAGAAAGAGACGGAUGAUGUUUUCCCUCAACCCAGACUGCCCUUCCCGUGCAUGUCAAGCCUGUCCAGCAAAGACCAGAGUAUUUAUCUUGGCUUUUUGCUUAGUAAGAAACCCCAGCAUCCUCCCCAGCAUCUAAAGUCUUGCGUAGACCAUGAAGUGAUGCAGUUUCAAAGGUACUUGCAAGAUGUGGCCAAAGAAUGUGCGGACGACUACAGGUUCAUACCACAUGGAGCACUGCAAUAUGCAGAGGAUUAUUUGAGGGCAUGUUUGGAGUGUAUCCAAACAUUACCUCAAGUCUACCAAAUAUCCGAGAUGACCAGUUUGACGGGAGGAACAUUCAACCCGGGACUGUCCCUUACCUUUGAAAAACAGCUGGUUGUCAUGGGCAGUAUGGAUAUCACCAACCUUGUGAUAGUGCCUGCUGAUGCACAGCUUGCAACGGAUUAUCAGAGUGUUUCAUCAGAAAAUCCUCCAGCCAAAAAAGCUAAGGACAUGCACGCUGCAAUUAGCAGUGAUAAUAAUGCUGAGAAGCUGUGCGCACGCUAUGAGCCGCAUGUGUGUCUCACCCGAGAGGCCCUGGUCACUUUGUUGGAUAACCAUGGCCCUGACUUUGCUCAAAGAUGGGAAAUUCCUGUUUGCAUCAGAGUGAACCAUGGGAAAGCUGUUACUCAGAAGAAGACUGUUUACAUAGAAUCCCCCUUAAUAGACAACGAGAUAACCGUGAGGAGGAUGAGUCACAUCUACCAUGGUGAGAGUUUAAAGCUCUCCAUCAAAAAGAAUGGGAAAAAAAGCAUGUUCCACUUAAUGACGGAACUUCCUUUGGACGAUCAUGACUCCACACUGGAGGGCUCCAAACGAGAGGUGGUCUCCCUCACCAACGAUGACCUCGACUUUGAGGUGGACCUCACUGACCUGGAAACUUUUGGAGAGGCACAAAUCUCAAAGAGCACCAAACGCCAGAAGACUCCAAAAAAACAACUUGCACACAGUCAAAAUGAAACUACCCCACCAUCAACUCAGGCGACACAGCUCAGUGAACCUGUCAACCGUAGUUCACAAGAAAUGACACGCCUCAGUCAUUACCUGGCAAAAGAGCAAAUGACUCCGAGUGUCAAGGAAACUAACGAGGCUGGCGUAACAAAUCCAGCAUAUGAGUCUGAUAAAGAAAGCGAUGAAGACUCUUCAGUCAGAGGCGACUCUGAGGAUGAGAGGCUGAUUAUUGAUGAUUCUACAUCACCAAUCAAAAACGCGAUUCCUGAGCCUACAUCUGAGUCUGCCAUCUCAGCAUUGUCUUCUCCCAAAAAGACCAGAGCAAAGAGGAAAGCAUCCACAAGCGCGAAGGCCCCAGCCGACCCUAUGGGGGAAAUCUUGCGGAUGCAGAAAGCCAUGUUCCGCAGAACCAAUGAUGCAGCCACUAAAAGCCGCGCGUUGCCUCAGACGAUUGUCUCACCCACUCGAUAUGUGGAACAACCACGCCAAACUCACCCGGUAUCCCUUGUGAAGCCGUGUGUGACUUCUUAUUUGGAAAGAAACCGGCACAAGAGUGAGGAGACCUCAGCUGCCCCUUCAGUGGUCCAAAUGAGCUCUCCAGAGAAAAAAAAAAUACUAUCUCAGGAACUACAGGCUAGCGCUGAAGAUGAACAAGACUACAUAGCCCCAGAGAAAGGCAAUCUUCUAUAUAAGCUCUACAGUCUCCAAGAUGUUCUCAUCAUAGUUCGCAGCUCAGUCCCUCUUGCUCAAAAGAGAAAAGUAGUUGAAAACACAACCGAGUUUGUGCCAGUGCACGUAUUGCCCAAGCUGAACUACCAACUGUGUCACGGGGUGGAGUCUCUAAGUAGCAGUGAGGCUUGCCAUCUGUGGACAGAGAAGGCGCUCCAUUCUAGUACAGUUUCUGUCGUAGCUCACAUCAAUGCACACACUUCUAAAGUAGCGCUGUGCAGAACGCUGCCUGAAACAUGGAUGCAAAAUAUCUCCUGUGGGUUCAACCCAGUGAAGUCACUAAACAUUCUGCACCACCUCCUGAAAAAGCUGACAAAGAUGGAAGCGGGGCAGUACCUGAUCACUCACAAACCAGGAGAGCCCUUUGUCACGCUGUUAAAAACGGCCGACGGGAAAGCCUCACGAACGGCCUACGACUUGCGGCAAGUCCACAGCGGUCUCCCUCAGACCCCCACCUCUGGCUCUGUGCCGUGGAUACCUGUGGACCCCACUGUGGUGAUGCCUUUUCACAAGAAACACGGGCGUGUCCCCUGCACUUUCCCGCCGCAUACUGUAACACAGCCAAAUGGAAAGAAGAAAAAGAAGAAAAAAUCGGCGAAGCGCAAAAGCUACACGCGCAAAAGCUACACUUAA